CAACCGAACCGUAGCGUGGAGCGGGUCGCUCGGCUUUCCUUCCAAAAGCAGUAAGACGGACUGCGUUCCGCGUAUGCCACAAUUACCUGCUUCGGGAAGUAGAUUUUUGAGGAAAACUGUCGGUGUCGAUGAAUUUCCUCGUACGAGCAGGAAAGCGAACGUACAGAGGGUUUUCCAAUCCGAACGACCGGUUUCGAUGCAACUCGGGUGUGUGCGCGUGUGUGUGGCAAGUUGCAUUACAGCCUGAGAACAAGCGAGAGUGAAGCUUAGUGUCUGUUGGGGUGGAUUUUUCCACCAUCUACUACUAGCGUGCGUGGAGCUCGCCAAGCGCUGGGUGGGAGCACUGAACUAAGAUUCCGGCAUCGGCGUACGGUCGGCAAGAAACGGUUCGGGGUGGCAGUACGAACCUUCUGUUCUGUGUGUAUGGUUUAACUAGCGGCUAGCGUGUGUUCGGUGUAGUCUCUUACCAUGUCCAAAGCGGCCCUUGUUAUCUGCAUAGUCAUUCUAUUGGCUUCGGUGGGUCAGCAGCGUGUUGAGGCAACCGUCGUGAGGCUGCUGACCGAUUUCGUCCAAAACAACGUCGCUGGCAUUCCGCUGAUACACAAAACGGAGGAGUAUGACUUCGAUCCGGAGAUCAGCAAAAAGCGACGAGAGCUAUACUAUGAGCUUCAUGGAUACCGUGGCGAAAAAGUGAUCGAACGGCUCGGUCUUGGCAUCGAUGGGAAACACCACGAACGGCUUGCGUACCAGCGGCAUCGCGACGAGGGACAUCUGCAGGGUCUCAACUACCUGCAGCCUUAGAAGGAGUCCACUAUUGGAGUCAAACAAAAAAAAUCAAUCUUAAGUGAAGGCCACAGGUUUGAAAAGCGCUUACGUAGGGACGGCACUUGGUGCCGCGUUGUGGUGCGAUUUGUGCACGCUGCACGCUUCAGCUUUUCACAAGGCCGUUACAGAAUAGUAGCUAGUAAAUGGGGGUUUUAUUUUCUGUACAGAUUGGAUUAAGUAAACUGAGGGAGAUAGAUACAUAGAGAGAGAGAGAGAAUAUUUUUCUGUUUAAAGAACAAUUUUUAGCUACAAAGAACAACUAUAAAUAAAACGACCUCCUUCCGUUUAA